AGAACUCCGCGCGCCGCGCCGCGCCGCGCCCCGCUCAGGCCGCUCUAGGGCUCCCCCGGAAGUUCUCGGCGGCUCCGCCUCCGGUCACCUGACACCGCCCGACCCAACAUGGCGUCCUCCGUGCGCGCCGGGGAGCGGCUGCGACGGGCCUUGGGCCCUGGGGCGGAGCUGGAGGCGGCCGGCCUGCCCCGAGAGCUGCGGGCGCGGCUGGAAACGGCUCUCAGGAAGAGAAAGGCCGCCGAGGGGGAGGGCGACGGCGAAGACCCCAGGCCCUUGGUGCCCUUCCGCCUGCUCCGAGAGCUGCACGAGCACCUCCGGGAGCAGGGCUCGCCUCUCUUCCUUCACGAGCUCCUGGAAGGCAGUGAGAUCUAUCUCCCCGAGGUGGUGAGACCGCCGAGGAAUCCAGAGCUGGUCGCCCGCCUGGAGCGGAUCAAAGUUCAGCUGGCCAAUGAGGAGUACAACCGUAUCACCAGGAACAUUUGCCAGGCACCAAGGCGCAGUGGGACUCUAGCUGACUUUGGACGCCAAGUGAGGUCAGUGAAGGCAGUGGUCAUCUCCAUCUUCAACUUUAUCAUCACUGUGGCAGCAGCUUUUACCUGCACCUUCCUAGGAAGCCAGUACAUCUUCUCAGAAAUGGCAGCGAGGGUGCUGGCUGCGGUGAUUGUGGCUUCCGUAGUGGGCCUGGCUGAGCUCUACAUCAUGGUCCGGGCCAUGGAAGGAGAACUUGGAGAGCUUUGACGAGGGUUCUGCCCCCACUCAAAUACCAAGUGUGUUUCCAGGAGUCCCAGAGUGGGGGGGCUUUGCUCUGUCUUCUUUUCUUCCACUGCAGCUGCCAGCCCACUUCAGGACCUCGGCCCUCCGCGUCACUCAGCAGUGCACAGCAGACCCUCCUUUACACGCGGCCUUGUGUUAAGGUUCAAGGAAGAGGGCUGGGGCUGCUACCACACCCGCUCCUCACCCCUGCCCACGCCCCCAAAUCAAACACUGUCUUCGCCCUUGAUACAAACCCAGCUACCUGCAUCAAAUGUCACAGGCCUGAGGUCAUUGCCCACUUGGACUCAAAGAGGAGGAGCAGAGAAUUCCGAGGCAGAAAGAAACCUUCACAUCCAGCCUGUAGCCAGGCCCUUGCAAAAGAAUUGCCAUUUGUCUGUUUCAGUUUCUGCCUUUGUGUUGACCUUAAGAUUUCUUCUUGCUCUUCCUCCCAUCCGUCUUUGUGUGUUUGUAUCUACGUUUCCCUCCCUUCAGUGUCUUUGAGGCUUCCUGCUUUCAAAGCAUCAGGUCCUCUGAUUCCAAGAAUGGGGAAGAAGGGGUGGCAAAGCCUGUAUGUUUAUUUUUAACCACAUAAAUCAUUCCUCUGGCUCCUCUUGUGUUCAGGGAAAAUGGCUUCUAUGAAUCUUCUCCAGUCCAAAAAGAACACAGUCAAUUCUGCUGUGAUGCUUGUUUUGAAAAAUGUGAAUUUGUUCCAAAUGUGAUUGGUAUAUUCAGGAACAAUUUGAGCAUAACACAAAUUUUGUGUUUGCUUAUGCGCCGUUGCAUCUGACAGAAAAUUGUUCUUGUUCAGGAUAACUCACAAGCAUCCACCCUUCCAACACCCACUUCCACAAGGAAACUUCUGGUCUCUUUCAAGGUGAAGUGCCCUAGAUCCUACGGUGCAGUGGGACCUGUGGGCUGACGCGGGCUGGUCUUUCUCUACCUCUUCCCCCACCUUCCUCUAUGGCCAAGACCCACACCCGGCCCAGGAGUUGCCAUCCACUGAAACUACCCUCCCCCCAGGAGCAACUGGACUCUGCCAUCCUGGGCCCCGUGGGAACUGGGACACCAGUGGAGCAUCAGCCGAGGCUACAGGCUACACGGCUAUUUAUUAUGGUAUUUAUGUAUAUUUCUCAACCAUUUAGUAUGUAUAAAACUGCUACCACUUUUGGUAGGUCCCUAUCUUUUUUUAACGUGUCACUGAUAAAGUUUUUGACUGUUGUCCUCCUAACCCCGUUUUUCCAUAAACUCUAGUUUUUAUUGCAAGAUUUUUGCAUUGCACUGUGGUUUUUAGGGACACAUGUCAAAGAGAACAUCUUUGGGUUUUAUGUAUUCUGUGUCUACUGUAGCCUAUGUGGUGGCUUACUGUAUCAGAAAAGGUAUGUGUGUAUAUACACAGGCACACUUAGGCGUGUGUUCCUGUACAAAGGGUGUUUCUGUAUAUGUGGAAUAUGCAUAAAGUUCUCAGUUCUUUUUCACACCGUUACCCAAAAAGGCUCCUGCCAAUAAGAAGGCAGUUACACUGUUUUGCUGCCCACAGUUCUGGCCUUAAAUGCUGUUUUCAGUUGUUUUGUCAUGCCCGAUAGGAUUUAUACAACUAUUAAAGUUUAAAUAACAAAUGCCAAAA